AUGCGGGACCCAUUCCCCAUCUCCCCGAUUCCCGCCCUCUCCAAGGCGAUCCAACCAUGGGCCGACUACCUCAAUCUCCCGACGCUGCCCUUGCACAUCCACGAAGUGCUGCUGAUCGCCGCAUUCUACCAGAGCAUCAUGAUGGCGGCGCCCAUAUUAUCGACCGCCGUCUUCUCGACCAGAUACACGAGCCUGUCCCGGAGCAAGCGGCUCAACUGGAAUGUCCACGUCGUGUCCUUCGUGCAGAGCAGCAUGAUCAACUGCUUGGCGCUCUGGGUCAUGUUUACGGAUGAAGAACGGUGGAAUAUGGAUGUGCAAGAGCGCGUGUAUGGGUAUUCUGGCGCUGCGGGUAUGAUUCAGGCUCUUGCGGCUGGCUACUUUCUGUGGGAUUUUCUCAUGACGAUUACGCAUAUGAAUAUCUUUGGGUUGGGCAUGCUUGCACAUGCUAUUAGUGCUCUGUGUGUGUACUCGCUUGGGUUUCGACCAUUUGUCAAUUAUUACAGCACCACCUUCAUACUGUGGGAGCUCUCCUCGCCUUUCCUCAACAUCCACUGGUUUUUCGACAAGCUCGGCAUGACGGGGUCCAAAGGCCAGCUGUACAACGGAAUCAUGCUCAUCGUCACCUUCUUCUCGUGCCGCCUUGUCUGGGGCACCUACUCAUCCUACAGAGUUGCGAGUGAUGUAUGGGCGGCUCUGAACAACACCCCGAGCCUCAUACCGACCUCUGCCGAUGUUGUUCAGAAAAUCUCUGUUCCAGUUCGAUAUGAAACAACCAUGCAGUUCGCCUCCGAGUCUUCCAGCAUCCCCUUGUGGUUGGCUGCCGUUUAUAUCGCGGCCAACCUGACUUUGAACUCGCUCAACUUUUACUGGUUUAUCAAAAUGAUUGAUGCAGUGCGCAAGAGAUUUGAUUCGAAGAGACAGAAGGAAUCAGAGAAGGAGAAGGCGGAUCAGGACGGAGCCACGGCGACCGGUGUAGAUGGGCCGGCGGAAACAAAGGGUCGCCCUCGCAGGCGGACGAUACUCGACGGGGAGGGACAGGAUGAUGAACCUCCACCGGGGAUUUGA